AUGGAUCCAAAUGCCGGCAUUCCAACUUUGGAUAAUAUCGAAAAGGGCCAUUUUGGAGGCGAAACCUUGAAAGAUAUUAGUUUUUGGAGCAUUCCAACAAUAAUAUGGGGCGAGGGACCUGAGGCAAACCCAAAUAGCAGCCCUGCCGUGUCCGCCUACCAAAUUAACCGGUGCACCGGUGGUUUGGUUUUGGUCGUCCAGGUUCAUUAUUACGCCUUAGAUGCGGUUGGGUUUAAAAAUUACAUCAUGCAGCUGGCGGCCAAUUGUGCAGCCCUGGCCAAUUCGACGCCCUUUCCGCCUUUCGACCCGGCAAACCUGGACGUAUCGCGUUUAAUUAUUAAAAUUCCGGUUAAUAAGCUAAUCGAUGGCCCGCCUAUACCCCAAAAGAACCAAAAUUACCGGAAACAGCAGACGGUGCUGCUCCACCUGCCUAAAAACAAAGCGGCCGAAUUAAAAAGGCUCGCCACGCCCCGGGGCGGCGAUUGGGUGUCGAUGUAUGAUGCGUCGUGUGCCUAUCUUUGGCGUGUCUUCAAUAGAGUGAGGGCUACUUUGUACAACCCUUCGCGAGAUAUGGUUUUGUGGUGGGGCGAGGCUAUUAACCUACGACCGCGGUUUUGCCGCCCACCCUUGCCCCAGGGAUUGAUGCGCAACGCGUUGGGCUGCGCUAUUUCAAAUACGAGCCCUGUCCCUCCAUUGACGGUCGCCGAAGUGGUGGACGAGGCGCCGCUGAGCAAGCUAACGUCCUAUAUCCGCGCGCUGACAAACAGCUGCGAUAACGAACAUAUCGACAAACUGCUGAAUAAGGUGGCGCCUGUCAGGGACAAGAGUACUAUCAGCCUGCGACUAGAUUCGUACCCGCCCAUAAGCAUGUUUAUAACUGAUUACAGGCCUGCCGACGUUAGUAGUUUUGAUUUUGGGUUCGGGAAGCCGAUUACUUAUCGGUAUCUGUUCGGCGGUUUUUCGACGGAGGGCGUUGUCAUUAUGUAUCCGUCUAUUAGGUCCAUUGACCCCGACGAAAGGUGCGUUUUUUCGGUGACCAUGGAAAAAAAGCUUGUGGGUAAAAUGAUAAAAAUGCGCGAGUUUUGCGACUUUUUCGAAUAUCGCGGCAGUUUUUUCAAACAUAUGGGCUCCAGGCGGGUGGCCAACGUCCCUACGGACGACGUCUUCCAACUUAAUGCAAUUGACCAAGUGGGCGCAAUUAGCAAUAUGAUGGGCUGGACCAUGUUGAAGUUCGACCAAGUCCUCGACCCAGUCAAACUGCAAGAGACAUUCGUAAGCUUUAUAAAGACGGGGGAUUGUAGGAAGCUUGGCGGACGACUUCGCAGGAAUGAAAAGGGUCAUUUGGUAAUUCGCGUACCGAAGGAGUUCACCGAACAACGACCGGCCGUUGGCUUUUUUCAUGCAGUUUAUUAUUAUUACGAGCUGGGUCGUCAACUGCCUACAAAUGAGCCGGAAGAGAUUAACCUGGCGCCAUCGCCCACUAAAUUUCAUGAGUUCGCACAGCCGAGUGGAGUACCCAAAUGUUUGGACGACUACCUGCGCUCGGACCUGCCCCAGUUUUGGCUUUACAUUGUGUUUUUCGAAGACGCCACGCUGACAUGCUUGACCUGGCCGCACGCAACUAUGGAUGGUGCCGGGCUCAGCGAGCUUUUGACGGCAUGGGCUUACACGCUUGCGGGCCUUUCGAAUCAAGUACCGCCCUGCCUGUCUUUGAGGCACGACCUCCUGAACGACCUUAUUUCAGAUGCUCCCGACAGGGUGCCGAUUAAAGAGGAAAUAUUUUUCGACUCGAAUAAAAUAGUACAGUUCGCACUAAUGCGUAUCAUGUGGCUGGUGAUGCUCAUUAUACGCGCGCUGUUCGCCGAAAAGCAGGAGUUGCGCAAUAUAUGGGUGCCGAAGCGCGUGAUAGACAAGAUUCGGCAGGAGUCAUUGUCAGCUUUGGAGGCGGCAGACGAGCAGGGCAACGCCGGGUUAGGCGGACCUGUAAAGAACGGCAAGAAACGCGCACAUUGCGCAUUCAUCCCCGGCGAUUUCGUUCCCGACCGCGAAUCGGGGCGGCCGUUUGUUAGCGAGAGCGAUGCCAUGAUUGCAUUUUUCACCAGAGCGGCGGCAAGAGCUUUGCCUCCCAAGUCUCGCCGCACUGUUAAUAUAUCCAUCAUUCUCAACAUCCGCGACCGCCUUCCGUCGUUGACAGCUCGAUUGCCCAAGCCCGCCGUGAUUUCCAAGGACCAAGGGGACCACACCGCGCGGACGAAGUUUUCGUCCCUAGGUCUUACGGCGGCAUCGGUCCGGUCGAGCCUCCACGCCGGCUUGACGGAGCCUCAGCUUCGCGCUUUUGCCAAGGUGCAGCUGAAAACAUACGCCUCCCGCCUCGUUGGGCUCCCCAUUAUCGGAGGCAUCGACUGCUUCCAGGUCACCUUUAGCAGUUUCAAAGUAGGAUUAUUGUUCGAAAUGAACAUAUUCGCGCCCGCGGUUGUUGAAAAAAUUGAAAGAAAUGAACCAGUCGACAAAGGUAAUAUUGUGAAGGCGGUGCCCAGGGUAAUAUCUCCAGUUACAAGCAAGACGAGCGGGAGCCUAUGGCGCCUGUUGUUGCGGGUUAGGGGGAAAGGGCUAAUGCAUCUAUGGAGCCGCGUAAAGGUUGCAUUCCGGUUGGAAUUCUGGUUAUUUCCAAGCACUCCUCUUUCAUAUUUGCCAAAAUGCAACUAUUCAUUUUCGCGAGGGGGGAAAAUGGCGCUUGGGUUUAGGGUAUACUGUAUCCUGAGCAUUGGAAAAUUGUAA